UCAUUAUGAAUUGACAAUACUGAGAAUAUUUUAGAGCAAUCAAUACUGCUCGUCAGUGUUUCUAUUAUUGACAAUACUUGAAUUCGCGCCCGCAGACAUUCAAUAUACUGACGGUUUGAGUUCACUGUGUUGAAAGUAGACCAUGAUCUAUGAUGUGGGAACUACAACCUGCGAAAAUCUUUGCAGCGAAAUACUACUGAAUACUGAUGUAAAUAAUGGCGAGAUGUUUGUAUAUGCCGGUUUGUAAAUAAACUUUGUGUAGUAAUGGGAAAGGUAGUUAUAAAAUUUGUUUUAGUAGCAACUGAAGAAAGUGAUACUGUUGUGAGACACCACCACAAAGGAAAGCAGUUGAUCAAAAAUUUGGCUUUUGAUGUGAAGCUAAAUACUAACUAUCAAUAUGGAAACCAAAGAUAAUUUUGUGGUAUCACCUGGUCAGGAUGGAGAGAAAAUAACUCAGUCAGAGGAACAGAUGUCACCAAACUGUGCCAGUGGUACUUCAGUACAAUUAGUGACUGAUGAUGCUAAACAGUCUCUGAAGAGAGUGGGCAGCAAUAAUACGGAGGAACAGUGCACUGCAGUAAAACGUGAAUGCAUACAUAACUCCGUGAUAAAGUCAGAAAGAAAAGUAAAAGAUAUUUUGCCAAUUGAAAAGAGUGUGGAUUUGUCUGUACCACAGUUGCCGCCGUGGGAACGCUACUUCACCAAAAGAAUAGUUGGAGAUAUCUGUCUGCUGAUACAUUCCAACCGCAUUGCAGUGGUGACACUUCUUCCCACUCACCCUGUUAUUGCAAACGGCAAGUCAGUUGUCUCAGUGGAUUUUGCCAAACGGGCUGAUAAUUCUGUCCGCGGGAAAGGAAAGAGGGGUGCUCAGGCACUCAAUGUAGAUUCAGCACUUUGCGAACUCUUGUGCAGUGAUGACACCAAAUAUAUAAUACGUGCAUGUAUUGGAGGAAAGUUGAUCGAAGUUAAUUUUCGUCUGAUGAAACAGCCACAGCUUCUCACUAAGCGGCCUCAGGCAGAAGGAUAUAUAGCAAUAAUGUUACCAUAUGAACCACGUAAACAGAAGGAGAGACCAGUAUGUGAUACUCUCAUAGACGCGGAUGUUGACUAGUUGUUGAUUGCUUGACAUGUCUUACUGGCUGUGAUGUAUGUGUGGUUUCAGGGAGAGGUAACUUUAUCAGUUUUAAUUUACUGUUAUUUGUACUUGUGCAGACAGGAAAACAGUUUUUGUACAAUAAGCCUGUAAUAAAUAAAUAA